AUGAAUGCAGGCCAGGCUGCAACUCGACCCCCACUAGGAUUCUCAGCACUAUCGUCUUGGAUCGUUUCAGACAGAGAUCAAGAACUGCUGGUUUUCCGAAAAUUCGGAGAAAUAAGCAGAUUGAAGGCCUGGGAUAAGCAAAAAACAUGGGAAAUGAUGAACGAACAGGCCAAGGCGGGCAAACCAGAAGCAAAAGAGAUGCUGGAGUUAGUAAAUCAGCUCCGCGUCAAGAUUAAAGAAUAUCAUGAAGCGCUAGAUCUACAGGGCAGAAUAUCUCUGCUCCACGGCCCUGACCAACGGGCCCUUGAAGUGGCUCGAAACGAGCUUCAUGGGGGUCCUUUAAGACGAGAUGGGCGCAAGCCAAAUCCAAUACUAGGUGGGAGAGGGAAGGAUUACCUUGAUAAGGCGCAGGAUCUCGUCUCCCUCAAAGCUCCAGCAGCUAUUGAUCCAUUAUCAAAAUUGCUCCGGGCCUACUGGCCAGGUCGAGAAGAACUAUCCAGGGACGGCCGGCAUGGGAUCAGCCGGUUUGACGAACGAUCAAUCAUGAUUACAGUCGCUCUUGUCAACAUACUACUCGCGAUGGCCUUGUUAGUUGGCUCGAUAAGCAGUCUCUACUACGUGAAGUCACCACCAGCAAUUCUUGGUACUAUAUGCGGGUUUACGAUACUAUUUGCAUUGAGCAUAGGUUUGAUCACAAAUGCAAAACGAGCAGAGAUAUUUGCAGGAAGCGCGGCGCUGUAUAAUGAUAUUGCCAAGCCUAACGUUAUUGAUCACGAAUUGCUGGUGAUAUUAACAAGGGAACAAAAAAGAACACUUAAUCUGAAAAUAAAUUACGCCUUAAAAAUGUCAGACGAUUAUGCAAAGAUUCCUUCGGGCGCUAAGGUUCAGCCAACGCCUUUCCAAGUCUCCAUCACGGAUGACAGGGUCGAUGAGCUCAAGCAGCUUGUGAAGCUGGGAAGAGUCGGACCGCCGACCUACGAAUCGACGCAGAAAGAACAUAAUUAUGGCGUUAGUCAUCAGUGGCUAACUGAUGCGAAAGCUGCUUGGAUUGACUUUGACUGGCGCGCUGCGGAAAAGCACAUUAAUACCUUCAACCACUGGACUGUACCCAUCAAGGACGAGAAGGGAGAUUUCACCGUCCACUUCACGGGUCUCUUCUCCUCUAAACCCGAUGCCGUCCCCGUGGUCAUGCUUCAUGGCUGGCCGGGUAGCUUUCUAGAGUUUCUAAGAAUCUUGUCCAUUCUCCAGGAGCGCUACACUCCCGAGACGCUACCUUACCAUGUCGUUGUGCCAUCUCUCCCCGGCUAUGCUUUCUCGGAUAAGCCGCCGUUGGACAAGGACUUCGGCAUCAGAGAUGUUUCCCGCAUCGUGAACAGCCUCAUGGUUCAACUGGGUUUUGGAAGUGGUUAUAUCGCUCAGGGAGGCGAUAUUGGAAGCAGGGUUUCUCGUGUGCUCGCAGCUACUUAUGAUGAGUGUAAAGCCGCUCAUCUCAACUUCUGCCUCAUGUCUGAGCCCGCAAGUGCGCAGGGCGAAGUUUCGGAUGCAGAAAAAAAAGGCCUCGAACGUGCAAAGGACUUCGACAAGCUGGGCACCGCCUACGCUUUGAUGCACGCCACAAGGCCAAGCACCAUCGGCCUCAUCCUCUCGUCAUCGCCUCUCGCGCUCUUAGCCUGGGUCGGCGAGAAGUUCCUAAGCUGGAGCGACGAAGAUCCUCCGCUGGAGGAAAUUCUUACCUCAGUUUCCCUGUACUGGCUGACAGACAGCUUUCCUACGUCAAUCUUUCCAUACCGCCAACGCUUCGACCCAGAUUACCCCGGUGCGCACGAUCACCCGAAGUGGAAGAUCAGCAAGCCAUUGGGCUAUAGCUGGUUCCCGUUUGAGCUUGCUCCUAUUCCUGUGAGCUGGGUGAAGACGACAGGAAAUCUGGUGUUUUGGAGAGAUCAUAAGCGAGGAGGUCACUUUGCUGCUUUGGAGAGGCCAGAGGAGUUGUUGAAGGACUUUGAGGAGUUUAUAGAGCAGAUCUCGAAGGAUGGAUCUUUGAAGAUCCAGUGAAUCAAUUUGUAGAUAGCGGCGCUUCAUCUCGCUUCAAGCUAGAUUGAAAGAUCAUGAACCAAUUGGAAGAUGAUCAAUCAACUUAUAUAUUCGAAUCCAUCAUUGUCUUCGUCC